CUGUAACUGUGAGAACUCUCUUCAGUCGCAUAUGUGCAAACUUUACUCUAAUUUUUCUUUGCGAUUAAGAAGUAAAUAUGGAAAAGAUCACCGACUACCUCGUCAGAUAUAAAAACUACAACUUUGCAAUUGGUUACACAACUGCAGAGUACAUUGAUUCCCUCCAGAACUUUGAAAUACGAGACAGUGACACAUUCCUUGUAACUUAUCCAAAGUCAGGCACUAUAUGGACUCAACAGAUCAUCAUCUCCAUCUGUGAGUUAGACGGGGGUCUGAAUGAAUAUCCCAACAACUUGGAGCAGAUGCCAUGGUUGGAGUACAGAGAGGGUCGUGAGGACUAUUCCCUGCGACCAUCACCGCGACUCUUCGCCUCUCACCUCACCCCGGCUCUCCUGCCUCCUGGACUGAAGGACAAGAAGGCGAAGAUCAUCUAUGUGAUGCGGAACCCAAAGGACAACAUUGUGUCUUAUUACCACUUCAGUCAUGCCAUAGCUGACCUUGAGUCUCCCAAGAACUUCGAAGUUUUCUUUGAACAGUAUUUGACGGGAAAUGUUGGAGCGUCGUCCUGGUUCGACCACAUCAGGGAGUGGCACUCUAAGAAAGAUCAGUAUGACAUCCUCUUUCUGACCUAUGAGGACAUGGUUUUGGAUCUGAAGACAGCUGUAACAAAGAUUUGCAGUUUCUUGGGGAAAAACCUCAGUGAAGCUGCGAUUCAGCAAGUUGUAGAAAAAUCUACAUUUAAGACUAUGAGGAACAACUCAAAAGCCAACUAUAAGUUCCUGCCACCAGAGAAGCUCAGUGGAGACUUUAUGCGUAAAGGUAAGAUCGGUGACUGGAAGAACACCUUUACAGAAGAUCAGAGUCAAAGAGUGGAUCGACUCCUUCAGGAGAGACUCUGUGACUUAUCUCUAAACUUCAUCUGGGAAUGAGGAGAGCAGCUACAGAAACCUUCAAAGAUAAGGCUGGGGAUUUUUUAAAUUAUUUUCUCAUUGUCAACAAUUGUGCAGAGCCAAACCAACAAUGAAUAUAUCUUCUCAUAAGAAUUGUGUAGUAUGUAGACCUUUGUUGUUGUCCAAAAACUGUGAAAAACAUAUCAUGUUGCAUAUGUUUUGAUUUGGUGCUAUAUAAAUAAAGAUUGAUUGUACUAAAGCUUUGAGAAGUCAAGAGGUUGGUGAUACAUGGCACAAGCAGCUAUUGAUAUUGAACUAUGGUGCAUUUCAUUUGUACAUGGAAGACAGAAAAUUCAACUGGAAAACCCUCUCAAGGUUAAUAUAUGCACAAAAUACAGCGAAAUGCUUGUUUAUGAACUGGUAUUGCUAUCAAUGGCUAACCUGGCUAGAACUUGUUUCCUGACUUUCUUGAACUAAAAUGAUUUAAACUCGGGUGUAACGUCAUUCUCAGCUCCGACUUCGGAGGUAAAUGGAACGCAGCACUACUCUCCAGAAACUGUUAAUGUGAUUGGUGUUUCUAGUAUUCAGAGUGGUUUCCAAACAACCCUUGUCUUUGUGAUGAAGGAACAUGUCACCCAGUGCAGUGGUGUAACUCAUUAACAUGUUUGUAUAGUUUUUGGACAACAAUGGAGGUCUAGGGUGCAAGAGAAUAAGAUGCAUCAGGCUUUGGAUACACACAAUACUUGCGAGAUCGAUUCAUUGCCAGUUUGCCUCUGCACAUAAGGAGUAUAUAGAAAAUCACCAGCCUUAUCCUUCAAGAUGUUCUCAUGUUCUUAUCCCUAGAAAGCUAAAAGACCCAAAUGAAUUUACGCUGUUUGUGAACAACUUCAACUUACAACACACACACAGUUGCUACUAAUAAUAGUAAAUAAAGAAAACAAGCAAAAAUCA